UGCGAAGCGAAGGAAGAGUCCAAGUGUGGAGGGGAAGGUGAAAGGGCAGGGGGGGCGAUGUCUUCGGAGAUCGAAGAACUCCGGGCCAGAGUGAUCGCGUCCAUGGCGUCUUCCGGAAACCCUAAGUCCAGAGACAAGAGGAACCUAGAGAACGUGAGGGAAGAAGGAGAGCUCUCUUCUUCUUCUUCGGAAGAGAAGGAAAAUAAUCAGAAUUCGACCGAGCUGGCAUCUGCAUCCCCCUCGGUGUCGGUCGAGCCUGUCGCGGUUGCAGUUCCUAAGGCUAACUCGGCCAGCGUAUCUACUCGGAAUGUUGUUGGCCCACGUAGGCCCGCUUCAUCUAGAGGAAAAUAUGUUCCCGGUGACCUGCACAAGCGAACAUCCAUCAGUAGAGCUCCGCCACAAAGUUAUCAAUGGCGCUCUGAGUCAAGUCAGAUUCCAUCUAGGUCAACCUUUCAUAGAAAUCAUGGCAGGCGUAUGACAUCAAAUGAUAAUGAUAAUCUAGUGAUAAGAUUUUCUGACAAUGACAGUGGAAGUGACUCUGAGGAGAUCCAAAAUAGUGAUAAGACUAAACCAUUUCAAAGUGACCAGAUUAAGCAACGGGCAGUGCAUCAGGUUAAAUCAUCCACAUCACAUCAAAGGAGGGUUCCUAAUAUGGCUGCUUCAGCCUUAACAAGAGCCCAUGCAGCCAACUCUAAAGGACUGAGAAGUUCUGUUGAGGGGGCAUCUCAGUCUCAAGGACAUGGUGUAUCUAACAUGGUUUCUGCAAGCCCAGAAUGCAUUUCGGAUGAUAAGAAGUCAAAUAACAAUGAGUUGGAAACCUUAAGACAGAGAAUUGCUACAAGAGAAAGUGAACUAAAACAACGCAGUUUUGGGUCAAAAACAAUGGAAAAAGUGUCAACUGAUGAGGAUCCUUGUGUAGUUAAGGCUGAUAUGCAUGAACAAAUGAAUAGUGGAUCAUUGGUAGUUGAAGGCAGAAGGUCGAUUCUUAAAACACAAGAGAACAGGCAGGCAGGGUAUAAGCAGUCUGAGAGUUCCAUUCAAUCUGAUGGACCAAAACGCAUGUUAAUGUCUGCUACGACACCUAUAUUGAGAUAUGAAAGGCAAGAACAGGAUAGUAAUCCUUUAAGGGGUACAGGAUUGGUUGCAAGUAGUGAAUGUGGCAACGGUAACAUAGAUUAUAGAAACAAGAGAAGUGCUUCUUCUGAUACCGCCAAUGGUGGAAGGCAAGGAGGCAAGGAUAAGCAGGAGAGGCAUGACAUCUGCAGCAGUUUCUAUUCUGAGCCUGUCGCUCAUGCUACAAAGAAACCUAAGCUACAUUUUCAGACAAAUAAUGCUUUCUGCUCUUCUAUGAUCAAAUCUACUGCAGAAGUUGGAAUGGCGUCUGCAGUGAAUAACUCCACCCUUAUUAAUCUGACUAAAGGUAUACCUGGUGGCAAAAAUCCUCAAGAUACGCCUCAAGAUAUUUUAACUCAAUCUGCCGCUCAUGUUGACAACAAGCUUGCGACUUGUGAUGUUCAACAUGGAGAUUCAGGACAAGUAUGUAUGGACUUCCAAACUUUGAUGGAGAUUGAGGAGUGGCAAGACAAAGAAUUGGAAGAAGCACAGGAGCUGAGGAGAAGAUGUGAGAUGGAAGAAAGAUAUGCUUUGAGAGCAUACCGUAAAGCACAAAGGGCAUUGAUGGAUGCAAAUGAAAGAUGUGCUUAUCUCUACCAGAGAAGAGAAUUAUUAUCAGCUCAGCUUCAAGCUUCUCUGAUGGAGGGUCAUUCACUGUUGUCUUCUGGUUGGCAUAAACAGAAAAGUGUGAAUGUGAAGCUUCCAGGUGGUGGCUUAAAUAUAUUUCCCUAUCUAUGCGCUCAAACACAAGCUGACUAUGAGGCUUUGGCUGUCACAAAGUCAAAUAAUCAAUCUGUGGCCAAUCACGAUUUAUUGGCUAAUCAGAAAAAGAUAGGUCAUGAUGCAGGUUUUAGCCCAUCCAGUUGCCCAGAUGGUGAUCCUCCAGGUCGGUUACAUGCAGCCACUUGUGCUGUGAAGGGAACUAACACACAGUCUAAUCAUGAUGCUGUCCAUACACAGUCAGAUAAUAUAUGCACAUCUUUAGAUGAAGAUGAACAAAUGUUUCCAGCUGAUGGUCAAGGUGCUUCAUAUAUACUGAACUGUGACGAAGGGAACAAGCUUGAGGUAGGGCCAGCAAAUGAGGAUGGAAAAGAACCUCAGCAAAUUUACAACUUGGAUGACUCUUUAUCAAAUCCGAUUCAGGAUGCUCUUCUUGAAGCGUCUCUGAGGUCUAAAUUAUUCUCUAGACUACAGAUUGGGCCUGCUUCUACAAACAGUAUUUCUGAUUUUGAGAAUUUUGAUGGUGGAAACAAUGGGACUGCUCGUAAUAGCUUUAUACAGGCGUCAUUCUCUAACCAAUCACUUCCAGAGACAGCACAAAAUGGAAGUGCAGGUAUCAGAGAUAUUGAUCAUCAUCCACAAGGGCUUCUUGGAAACACUGUUGAGCAUCAAUCCCAACUUGAAAUUCAUUCUGAUGAUGGUGCAGGCCUGCAUGAUGUUGAUCCUUCACCUAUAAGGUAUAACGAUUCUGAAGAGUGCUGCUCUUCACUGGGUGAAUCUGGCAGAUCCCCUUUUACCAUGGGUAGCUAUGUGGCUUCAGCUGCACUCAAUGUUGUUUGUAGAGUUAAAGUUCUUCCACUAUCCAAGAUUAGUUAUGCAUCAUCCAGUGGUGUAAUUCAGACAGAAUCAACCGCUAAAGGUAUGCAUGACAAGGGCUUAAAAUCUAGGUGUUCUGAGAAUCUGCUGGAUAUUUUCAGUAUAGACAUGACAAAUAAGGGCAUUGGUGGUGGAAAAGUGGUAAAGCUUGAUACUGAAGAUUGCAAUCUCGAAAUUGAUCCCUUCUGGCCAUUUUGCAUGUUUGAGUUACGGGGGAAGUGCAACAAUGGACAAUGCCCAUAUCAGCAUGUGAGACACUAUGCACGGAAAAAUCAAGUUCUCUCUGGAGCUUCUGACGAAAAGGUUAACCACAUAUCAAGUCAAAGGGACAGCUUGGCUUCUCAGGGAACUUUUCCUGAUUUUCAUACUAAUGUCAUGCCGAUUCCAAUUUACUUAAUUGGUGGUGAAAUCAUAAAAACUGACAAAUCUUCACUGAGACAUGUCUUGGCUCAGAAGAUUUGGCACUACUGGCAAUCAUCCUUCUGUAGCUCCUUCUCUAUUCCUUUUCCUGUUCAUAGAAUUUUACCACCAGACGUGCUGUCCUUGCAUUACAGAGGUGAUGUUGAUGAUGAUGGCAGCAGAAACUGGCUAUCCCUGUAUAUGAAUCAGAGUCAAGAUUACAUGAUGGAGAGGGUAUUAAAUGCGGAUGCCUACCGACUUGAUGGGGAACUUCCCAGCUUUGAGAUGCAAGAAAAGAGGAACAGGAGCAGGAAGGGCAGUCUUUUAACAUCUUCUAUAAGCAAGUUCUUGAUGGCUUGGCUGAUCCUGAAAGAUCCUUGGAGAUCGCCCUUGAUCUAUUUGGCAGGAAAAGCAAUAUAUUGGAGGGAAAGAAAAAGAUCUCUUGAAGCUAAUCCAAGAUCAGUUGCAUUGUGGGUGGUUUAUUUGCACAUUUUCUACAAGUCAGAGAAGUCUAUUGGAAAUGAUGACAUGUUUCUUCAUGCUGUGCGUCAAAAUGAAUAUUCUUAUGAGCUCUGGCUGAUGUUCAUAAACAGCAGGAUCAGUCUUAGUGAAAGAUUAGAGGCAUAUGAUUCUGCACUCUUGAAAUUGUGCCAUUUGGUACACACUGAUAAACGGGAGAGGAAAUAUAUGAGUGGAUGUAUUUUGGACCUGUUCUUGCAGUCUGUAAACACUUUAUGUAUAUCAGGAUAUAAAGAAAGUGCAAUGUCUAGAAUUGAUGAACUUUACAGACCAAAGCCCGAAAAGUGCAGGCAUGUGCCAAUUUUUGAGAUUAUGCCAUGCUUAGUGAUGUCAGACAGGUGCAUCUUGUGGGUGUCCUGCAUAUACUUGGUUGUCUAUGGUAGACUCCCAGAUGCUGUAGUAGGAUGCUUUGAGUUUGAUAAAGAACUACCCUUUGGGAUAGAAUGGCCUUCUGUCCAGUUGAUUGAAAACGACAAAAACAACGCAUUGCAACUGAUAAAUUUGGCGAUAGAUAAAACACAGAUGUCUCCUGAGAGUGAAUUACACAAUGAAGAGGAAUCCCAGAUCAAAUCUAGACAGGCUUUAGCUGUCAAUCACAUCAAGUGCAUGGCGGCACUUAAAGGAGUUGAAUGUGUUUCUAAAUUGAUAGAUGAUUACAGGAAACUGUAUCCAUCCUGCAUUGAACUUCUAAUGUUGUCCGUUGACACGAGGAAGCAUCACUGUGAGGGUAAUGUUGAUUUGUCUCUGUUAGAAGAUUCCGUGAAUAAUUGGCCAAAAGGUUUUCCCGGCAUUGAGAUUGUCUGGAACCAAUACUUUGGGUAUGCUCUAGCAAAGAAUGGACAAGCAUUUGUGAAAGAUUUAAUGGCAGCCAACUGGUUUCAAACUGCAUGGCGACUUCAAAAUUCUGAUACAUCCUUCAACCAAGAAGCCACUCAGAAUGAUGAAAAUGUUCUAUUUGAUCCAUGUGUUCCAGCUUCCAUGACCUGCUCAUAUAGUAAUCUAAAAGACAAAGCGUAUGCGCUGCUUAAUCUUGCCUUAUAUAAACUAUUAUAUGGUGAUAAGGAUGGAGCUCAAUCAGCAAUGGAUAAAGCAGUAAUGGUUGCUUCUGCAGAGGAUUUCAACCAUUUGGUGGUAGAGCAUGCAGCCUUCUCCCUCUCCAAUGCGUCAGACUUGAUCAGGGAAUUCCCCGAUGGCAAAUUAUUCUCCCUGUUGUAUGGAUACAUUGUAGCUGCAAGAUCCUAUCCUUCCCCUGAGCCAUUAUCUAGAAGAUUUUUAAGUUGCAUCAAGAAAUCAAGACUUCGGCAGCUAAUAACUAACAUGAUGGGUCCAGUUUCACUGGAUUCCUCCGUGGUUAACUCCAUCCUCAAAUGUUGGUAUAGCCCAUCACUUUUACCCGAUGAAUAUGGUGAUUUUAAGGCACUUACGGAUUUUGUGGAGACUCUGAUGGACGUUUUGCCUGCAAACUAUAAAUUGGCUUUGUCUAUUUGCAAGUGGAUCGCUCACCUUCAUGACCCUUGCAGUAUCUCCUCCACUGCUGCAUUGUUCUGGGCGAGUUCUGUUUUGGUUAAUUCCAUACUACAGGCUUUCCCUGUAGCUCCUGAGAGAAUUUGGACAGAAGCAGCUGAGGUACUAGGGUGCUUAGAUGUUGAUGUCAUACUAGAAAGGUUUCAUCAGCUGGCUAUAUCCGUGUAUCCGUUCUCCAUUUCUCUUUGGCGCUCUUACUUCAAUUUGCAUAGGCGGCUAGGAGAUCCCAUUUCAGUUGUAGAGGCAGCAAAGCAAAGAGGUAUUGAACUGGAAUAGUCUGUUUCUUAGAGAGUUUUUCAGGUUAACCAUCAACAAAUUCCUUUUUUCCAUUUCUGAGGUGGCGCAGUUUUGGUUUUGCAAUUCUUACCACAAUUGGGUGGCAUUGCAUGUAUUUUACAGAUAGUCCAUACAAUGUUGUACAUAAACGUCUAAAGUCAAUCAAUCAGAAUUUUUGUUUUUCUGCA